AUGAGAAGCAGCAGGCUUGAGAAGUCCAUGGGAGAUGUUCAGAUGGGGUUAGUCAGAAUGCUUAAAGGAUUCCAAAGCAAAGUUUUGCCACCGUUGAAUCCAAAGGUGGUUACAGAAGAGGAAGCAAACCGAAUGCUGACGCCCUCUGAAUUCUUGAAGGAAAUGUCCCUCACCACAGAGGAGAGGCUGGCAAACACACAUGUGAUGUGCCGACCACAGAUCAUUGAACUUCUGGAUAUGGGGGAAACAACACAUCAGAAGUUUUCGGGAAUUGACCUGGAUCAGGCAUUAUUCCAACCCUUUCCAUCAGAAAUUAUAUUUCAGAACUAUACUCCUUGUGAAGUCUAUGAAGUUCCACUGGUUUUGAGGAACAAUGACAAAAUUCCAAGGAUGAUCAAAGUCAUUGAGGAAAGUUCACCUUAUUUUAAAGUAAUCAGCCCCAAAGAUAUUAGCCACAAAGUAGCACCUGGAGUGCCAUCCACCUUCCGAAUCCUCUUCACUCCAGAGGAGAACAAGGACUACGCCCAUCUGUUGACCUGUGUUACGGAAAGAGAAAAGUUUAUUGUGCCAAUUAAAGCGAGAGGCGCACGAGCCAUCCUAGAUUUCCCUGACCAGCUGAAUUUUUCCACUUGCCCUGUCAAAUACAGCACUCAGAAGAUCCUGCUGGUACGAAACAUUGGCAACAAAGAUGCUGUGUUUCACCUCAAAACUCAUAGGCCUUUCUCUGUGGAGCCAUCUGUCGGAACUCUUCACGUGGGAGAGACCAUGCAACUGGAAGUAGAGUUUGAGCCACAAACUGUGGGCAAUCACAGUGAAAGACUUAUUGUGUGUUAUGAUACAGGUGAAAAAGUGUUUGUGUCUCUGUACGGGGCUGCCAUUGACGUGAAUAUAAGGCUGGACAAGAAUUCUUUGAUCAUCGAGAAAACCUACAUAUCUUUGGCCAGCCAGCGAACUGUAACGAUUCACAACCGCAGUGGCAUCAUCGCUCACUUCCAGUGGAAGCUGUUUGCCAACCAGGCCGACGAGGACAGAGAAAAGAACAGGGUCUGUAAUGAUCUCAUCAAAGAGGAAAAGAAUGAGACGGACGAGUUUUUAGAAGAGUGCAUUAUUGAUCCUUCGCUCCGAGAACGGCUGUCCAUUCUCUCCCGUACCUUUGAGAAUCAGAGAAGGCUGGUUCAGGAGGAUAGCAUGCUCUUCUUGAAUAAGAUCUUCACUAUUGAGCCCCUGGAAGGUGACAUCUGGCCCAACUCUUCAGCUGAAAUCACCGUGUACUUCAACCCUGUGGAAGCCAAGCUCUAUCAACAGACUGUUUACUGCAACAUUUCAGGCCGAGAGAUCCGCCUGCCCCUCCGAAUCAAAGGGGAAGGAAUGGGACCUAAGAUUCAUUUCAACUUUGAGUUGCUGGAUAUUGGGAAAGUUUUCGUUGGAUCUGUACAUUGUUAUGAGACGAUACUAUCCAACAAAGGCAGCAUCGAUGCCCUCUUCAACGUGAUGCCUCCAACCACAGCUUUGGGAGCCUGCUUUGUUUUCAGCCCCAGAGAAGGCAUCAUUGAACCAAACACCGUCCAAGUGAUCCAGAUCUCCUUCAGUUCUGCCAUCCUGGGGCACUUUGAAGAGGAGUUCCUGAUCAAUGUCAAUGGAUCUCCUGAGCCUAUGAAACUGAUCGUUAGAGGCUGUGUCAUCGGACCUACUUUCCAUUUUAAUGUUCCUGCUCUGAAUUUUGGUGAUGUUUCCUUUGGGUUUCCUCACACCUUGAUCUGUUCCCUCAACAAUACCUCCUUGGUCCCCAUGACCUUCAAACUGCGUGUCCCUGGGGAUGGCCUUGGGCGUAAAAGCAUUUCAAAUUGUGAGCAGUGUUCAGGCAACAAAAAGACAUUUUGGAACAAAGAAGAAAUACCAGCAAUGAAACCAAGAGAAUUCACCAUCAUGCCCAGCUGUGGCACCAUUCGUCCCCAGGGGUUUGCUGCUGUUCGGGUGACCUUAUGCUCCAACACUGUGCAGAAAUACGAGCUGGCCCUGGUGGUAGACGUGGAGGGCAUUGGAGAAGAAGUGCUGGCACUCCUCAUUACAGCAAGGUGUGUUGUACCCACCCUUCGUGUGGCGAAUACUGAGGUGAACUUUGGGCGCUGCUUCCUCAAGUACCCCUAUGAGAAAACGAUCCAGCUUGUGAACGAUGGUAACCUCCCCGGGUGCUAUGAGGUUCUGCCUCAGGUGUGUGAGGAUACACCUCCUGUGCUGCUCUCAAGCCCCGCCCCUUGUGGCAUCAUCCCUCCCCACAGCACUGUGGACAUACCUCUGGCCCUGGAGACACAGGUCAUUGGAGAAGUCACCACUGUAGUCUACAUCUCCACCUUUGGAAGCCAGGAUCCUCCUAUGGCGUGUCGUUUAAAGACCAUUGGAGAAGGCCCAGUUAUCUACGUACAUCCCACUCAGAUUGAUUUUGGCGAUGUCUACGUCCUAAAGGACUCCUCCAGCGUUCUCACUCUGUCCAACCAGUCCUUCAUUCCUGCAUUAUUUCGGACAUGGAUGGCACGCAAGAAGUCCCUUUGGAAGGUUGAACCCGUUGAAGGCAUGGUCCCCCCAGAAUCUGAUUUUCAACUGGAAGUGACCGCCAACCUGAAUGACGUACUGACAUUCAAAGACACGAUCAUUUUGCACAUCGAAAACAGCAACACCUAUCGGAUUCCUGUCAGGGCUUCAGGAAUUGGUUCCACCAUUGUUUCCGAUAAGCCCUUUGCUCCAGAACUCAAUUUGGGAGCAUAUUUUAGCCUGGAUACCUUUUAUUACCGCUUCAAGUUGGCCAACAAGGGGCGUCGGGUCCAACAGCUAUACUGGAUGAACUACGGUUAUUGUCCCCAGAACAAGCUAAGCAAGAAGAGCCUGGCUAGUAAGGGCUCUGGUGAUGGCCAGCUCCAGGCCAAGGGCUCCGAGGAACUCAAGGACACAGAGUGUCCUGUGUUUCAGCUCCACCCCAUCAGGAUGGAGCUGUACCCGGGCCAGACAAUUGAUGUGAUACUCGAAGGCUAUUCUGCUACUCCCAGGAAAGUCAAAGAGAUGCUGGUGUGUCAUGCCAUCAUCGGAACACAAAAGCGGAAGAGUCUGGUGAUGACUGUGAAUGUCGUCUGUGAGUUCAUUGCACCUGUUGUCCAGCUCUCCACCAAGCAGCUCAUAUACCGCCUGGAGAAGGAACCUGACACUGUCCUGGAGGCUAAUUACCAGCCCUUGUCUAUAAAGAACAUUUCCACCCUGCCUGUGUGCAUGUUGCUCUCCACAAGUGGAGCAUUCCUUAUUUGCGAAACUGACAAGUCCCCACUGCCAGCAACUCCUCAGCCUAUUAAACUGGAGCUUGGUGGAGAAAAAAACCUGCUGGUCAAGUUUGACCCUUUCUAUAGAAAUGAUUUCAACAGCUGGGUGGCAGAAGAAAUUCUAGCAAUUAAGUACCUGGAGCACCCUCAGGUGGACAGCCUGAGGCUGCAUGGAGAAGUGCAUUACCCCAACCUCAGCUUUGAGACCGAGGAGCUGGACUUCGGCUGCAUCCUGAACGACACGGAGGUGAUUCGCUACAUCACAGUCACCAACUGCAGCCCCUUGGUCGUCAGGUUCCGCUGGUCCCUCCUGGUGGAUAAUGAGGAAAAUCAGAUAAGGUUUGCAACAUGGCCAAGGAAACUUUACAGUGCCCCCCUGUCCCAGGUGGACUCCGUCCCCGCAAGCUCGGCAUCUGUGAGCUCGCCAGCAGUCCCAGCUGCACUGGAUUCCUUCGAGAUGGAUUUAAGUGAUUUUGUUAAUAAGACUGUCAUAGAGGAUGGAGGUGAGGCGGACUACGAAAGAGAACACGUAAAAGUUCAACCGGCCAUUACCACCAUGACUAUUCCAGAAGUGCGGAGCCCUUUCACUGGGGCAUUAAAAAUGAAUUCUGCUGACAUAGAAAGAUUAUGCUCAAGCCAGGUGGAGUUUCAUGAAUCCCUCUGGAUCUUUGAAAACAGUGACAUGCUUACCCUUGGGAUGGAAGAGGUGUUUGAUAUUUUGCCCCUCUACGGAGUGCUGCAGCCAUACAGUAGCCUCCAGGUGUCUUUCACCUUCUAUGGACACUGUGACAUCAUGGCACGUACAAAAGCUCUUUGUGAAGUGGAAGGAGGGCCCACCUAUGAAAUAACACUGAAGGGGGAAGCAUCCCUGGUCAACUAUUCCUUUGACACCAAGGAAAUCAACUAUGGACUGCAGCUGUUUGACCGUGUCACGGAAAGUCAAAUCACGCUGAAGAACACUGGCAAGGUUGGCUUUGCAUUCAAGGUUCUUACUGACCAAGUAUCUUCACCAGAAAACCUUGUGCCUGGAGUACCACUAAUCGUGCCCCUCUCAGGCUUCAUCGCAUCACACGAAGAGCAGGUGUUGAAGGUCUGCUACUUCCCUGGAGUACCUGAGGUCUUUAAUAGGAGUUUCCAGAUACAGAUCGCCCACUUGGACCCAGAAAAUAUCACCUUGAGUGGAGAGGGAAUCUUUCCCCGAAUCUGCCUCGAUCUCCCCAGGAACCUCAAAGGAAAUGAAAAAUAUGAAACCUUCUUGAAUCAGGCAAAGAAAAACUUGGAAUGUGACAAAUGUGAGACUACCACUCACUUAGAGAUGAUAACUGAGGAUGUACCUGAGUAUGAAUCGACUGAGUUUAGUGCUCAGAUUCAGAUGGAAGUAGAGAGACUUAUAGUCCAAGCGUACGCCCUGGAACAUCAGAAAACAGUUGGCCCCGACCCCGUAGAUGACUCCUGCCUCGUCCAUCGGUGUCGUUGCAAACUGGCCAAAGUCCAGCUGCCAGAGUAUGUCCUGGACUUUGGCUACGUUAUCCCUGGUGAAGUACAAACCCACAUCAUCAGGAUCACCAACGCCAGUCACUUUCCAGUGUCCUUUCAAGCAGAGAAGCGUGUCCUUCACGACACAGGCUUCAGUACUGAGCUAGAUCGUGUAAAGAAUCUGCCUUACUGUGAAACGGAAACAUUUGAAGUGAGAUUUGACCCACAAGGGGCCAGGCUUUCUCUUGGAAACAAAGAAGUUACAAUGCCCAUCAAGGUGGUCGGAGGGCCAACAGUUCACAUCUGUCUCAAAGCUGUGGUGACCAUUCCAAGUAUGACGCUGUCUUGUGGCAAAGUGGAGUUUGCCACCAUUCAGAGUGGGCAGUGCCUCGUGGAAACUAUCCAGCUUUGUAAUCAUCUCCAGGUCCCUUGCGAAUGGUUUGUCCACACCCACAAGCCUGUGGACAAGCUGGAGAAGCACAUGCCAAAGUACUUACGACAGAAACUGUACGCUGAAUUAAAGCCAAAGACACGGACUUUUGAGAUUCAGCCCACUUCUGGAGUCCUGGACCCUGGUGAACGGUCCAAUGUACAAGUGAAAUUCAUGCCUAAAGAAGAGAAAUUUUACAGCCAGACGCUGGUGUUCCAGAUUGCACAGAGCACUCAGAAGCUUGCACUGCUAGUGCAGGGGCAAGGCCUAGAGCCCCGCCUGGAGUUUAACCCUUCGGUUCUGGAGCUGGGGCCGCUGCUGCCCUAUGCCUCCGGAGACGAGGUCGAGCUGCUGGUGAAGAACCCCUGCAACUUUCCCAUUGAGUUUUACUCCUUAGAAUUCGACCAGCAGUAUCUCAUAGAAGAAAAGAUCUUACGGAAGCUGAAGGGCUACGAUUCCUUCAACACUCUGCUGCUGCCUCCCCGCAUCCCAGGGGAGAAGCUGCCCCAAGAGGUGUAUGAGUACUUUAAGGAGAUAAAGCAACUGAAAGAGGAGCAGAUGAAGGCAAAGUAUAUGGAGGAGAACGAUGAUGAAGAUGGGCCCUCGUCAGACCAGGGAACUUCCAUCAGCACAAAGAGGACCUCACUCAGCCGAGGAAUCUCUUUGACGUCCAACCUGGAAGAGCAGCACAUCACUGUGAUCGAGUCCAAAACAUACCCGGACGAAGAGGAAGAUGACGACAGCUUGGAGAAAAUCAUGUUUCAAACUGACAAGACUCAGAGCAUCGACAGCCAGUCCUUGGAGGAGGUUGGAGAAGUCGAAAACAACCCAGUGAGCAAGGCCAUCGCCCGCCACUUGGGCAUUGACAUCUCUGCAGAAGGCCGCCUGUCCAAGAACCGGAAGGGCAUCGCCAUUAUUGUCCACGGGACGCCUGUCUCAGGAAAGUCUGCCACCGCCGUUAGCCUGGCCAAGUACUACAGCGCGGCCUGCUUGAGCAUCGACUCUGUCGUGCUGGAAGCCAUCACUGACGGGAACAGCAUCCCAGGCAGCCGUGCCCGUGAGCUCUGUGUCAAGGCUGCCAUCGAGCAGUCCAUUAAAGAAGGGGAGGAGUCCGCAUACCCUCUCCUUGUAGCCCAGGACCCGAACAUCACAGGACAAAUACGACUGAGCAGCGAGACCUUGGGCAAGCUCACUUCAGAAUCCACGCUGGUGACGCCCGAAACAAAGCCUGUGAAGAAUGUGCGUGGGAGCGUGUUGAUCACCAAAAGCAAGGCAGAGAGCCACGGCUCCGGGUCUCAGAAGCAGCACCACCAGCACCCUUCAGAAACGCCCCAGAUUUCCUCCAGCCCUCUGCCCUUGGGGCCCGCCCAGCGCCGGCUCAGUGUUAGCACCAGCAUUGGGGGUGAGACCGGCCUGAUGAGCUGUGUGCUCCCUGAGGAGCUACUCACGCAGAUCCUGGUGGAGCGAAUACAGCUGAGUGACUGCUACCGAGGGGUGGUGUUCGAUGGGCUCGAAACGCUCUUUGCUCGCAACGGGACUGUUGCUCUCCUUUGCCUGCUGAAGGCCAUUGGCAACCGGGAGCACAUCUACGUCAUCAACAUGGCCCAGGAUUACACAGCCAUGAAGGCCCGGGAGAAAGUGAAAAGGGAGCAAGAAGAGCAGAAACGCAGGGAAGCUCUUCUGAAAGAGAAGGAGCGGCUCCAGAACAUGGACGAGGAAGAAUAUGAUGCCUUAACCGAGGAGGAGAAGGUCGCCUUCGAUAGAGAAGUGCAGCAGGCUCUCCGGGAGAGAAAGAAGAGGGAGCUGGAGAGGCUGGCACGUGAGAUGCAGGAAAGGAAGCUGCAGCAGGAGCUCGAGCGGCAGCGGGAGGAAGACGAGCUGAGACGGAAGGUUAAGAAACCUAAGCAGGGCCAGACGAAGGAGGAGCCGCCCCCACUGAAGAAAUCUCAGAUGACCAGCCGGCAGGUUCUUCCUCUUUCCAAACUAGAGAUGAAGAUGGAGGCGAUAGAGAGGAAAGUAUCCGUCAGGGAGCAAGGACAGUCUGAGAAGGAAGAAUCAAACAAGAAAAAAAAGAACCAAGUGACGGAUGUCAGUUUCCUUGGGUUUCCUCUUAUCCAGGAAGAGGAAAGUGAAGGGGACUCCCUACAGAAGGACACUGACAAGCAGUUGGCCCACAGGUUCAAGAGCUAUGAGAUGAGUUUAAAGGAUGUCCAGAACAUGCUCACGUAUUGGGACCGGAAGCUGGGAAUUCAGCUGCCUCACAUAGGGACGGAGGAGGUGCCUCAUGAGCUGGAUGACCAGCGCCAGGUCCCUUCGGGCGGGCGCAGAGGCAGGAAGGACCGGGAGAGGGAGCGCCUGGAGAAGGAGCGGGCGGAGAAGGAGCGCCUGGAGCGGGAGAAGGCUGAGCGGGAGCGUCUGGAGAAGCUUCGGGCCCUGGAGGAGCGCAGUGACGGGGGCGAGGGGGGAGGGGAGGAAGACCACGAGGGCAAGAAGGACUUAGGUGUGCCGUUCCUGAACGUCCAGACUCCGGACUUUGAAGGCUGUGGUUGGAAGCAGGCCCUGGAGAAUGACAAGCUUCCCAAAAGAGAUCAGAUCCUAGAUCUCUUGGGUCUGGGUUCCUCUGGACCGCCCAUCCCUCCUCCCACCUUGUUCUCAAUAGUCCCCUACCCCGUGAAGCGCCUGCCUUUGGCUCCAACAGACAUCCUGAAGCAUUUCGUUUUCGUGAUCCCACAAUCGGAGGAGCUCUACAUGAUGGAUGAGAAAAAAGAGGCGGAGGCAGAAGCAGAGUUCUUAACCUCCACAGUCCUCAUGAAGGCCCAAGAGGACCAGACCACCCCAUCGAAGGGGAGUAAACAGAAACCGAAAGAAAAACCGGAACAGCCUCGGGAGUCUCAGAAGGACAAACGGCGCAUAGCCAUUAACAGGAAGGGCCUUGCUGGGGGACCUGCUGGAGCCAUUGCCCCCCUGUCGGACUUAGACCAGAACAACUUGACUGGGCAGCACUCCCAAGAAAAAAUCACCAGGCUGAAUCAUUUCCGUUGGAUUGUGCCAGCCAACAGUGAUGUGGCUUUGCGAGUGCACUUCUCUUCGACUGAUCUCGGGAACUUUGACCAAACGUUUACCUUUGAGAUCCUCGGAACUCGCCGCCAGUACCAGCUCUAUUGCCGAGGUGUCUGCACUUACCCAUACAUUUGCCAAGAUCCAAAAGUGGUAUUCCCUCAGCGGAAGAAGGACAUAAAGGCAGAUGAGGUCGUCUUCAAGAAGUUUGUUAUGAGCAUGGACAGGUUUUACUUUGGGCCACUGCUUUGUGGAAAAUCAAGAGAUAAGUACAAGUCAUCCAUCUUCCCGGGCAACAUGGAGACACUGACGAUCCUGAACGAUUCCCCGAUGCUCGUGGAGGUGCACUUCUGCUUUCAGCAUGAUGUCAGAGCAAACACUUACUUCUUGGAGCCUACCACCAUGAUUCUUAAACCUGAUGAGAAGCAGGUGCUAACCGUGUGGGCCUACCCCACUGCAGUUGGCAUCUUUGAAGACAGCAUUGUCUGCUGCAUCAAAGAGAACCCAGAGCCAGCCAUCUUUAAAUUACACUGCCAGGGCAUCCGCCCUGAACUGGAGCUGGACCGCAAGCAAUUGCAUUUUGACCGGCUUUUGCUGCACAGAAAAGAAUCCCAGGUGGUCGUCCUGCACAACAUCACGCUCCUGCCUGUGGCCUGGCGGAUCUCUAGCCUGGAGCACCUGGGUGAUGACUUCACUGUGUCCAUGAUGCAAGGGACUAUCCCCCCCAAGUCUGACUACAGCUUGCACGUGCACUUCCAGCCCUCCAAGCCCGUCACCAUCAAGAAGGCUAUUAGGCUGGAGGUUUUAGAUGCAGACAAUCUUGUUGGCGUUGUUCAGAUUGAAAACAUCCUGAUCUUUGCAGAGUCCUAUGACAUCGCCUUGGACAUCACCUUCCCCAAAGGAGCUGAAGGAGGCCUCGAUUUUGGGACGGUGCGAGUCCUGGAGGAGGCGAAGCAGCCACUGCAGCUGAAGAACCGUGGGAAAUACGAGAUCAUAUUCAGCUUUUCUGUGGACUCGUUAGGGAUGUCAGUGACCAAUUUAAAUUCCAUGAUCUCAGUCCAACCCAAGAAGGGCUCACUGACCACAGCGGAAAAGCCCACAAACAUCCAGGUGUUGUUUCGUGCAAAAAAGGAAGUGACGAUUGAGCACCUGCCCGUCCUGCGCUGUCAUAUUAUUGAGCCUAGUAUUGCAGAAGGAGGUGAGAUCAUUGCCAGCAUCCCCAUUAAGUUUUCUGUGAAUGCCGUGUUCUCCAAGUACAACAUCAGCCCUUCCACCAUCAUCAACUUUGGAGCUUUGAUCUGUGGCACUCGUAAAAGUGCCACCUUCACCAUCGAAAAUCAAGGUGUUAUUGACUUCAAGUACGCCCUCUAUAGGCUGACAGGGGAGAGCCCCAUUCAUCAAAAAAAAGCAACCAGUCAUAUUAAACAUGCAAGAUCCAGGGAAAGUGAGAGCUUCUACAAGACCGGUCCUUCCAAAGCUGCCAAGUUCUCCGACACCAUUCCGAAAGAAGUAAAUAUUCCUAACCAGGCUCGCUUCAGCCAUGGCAUGUUCACCGUGUACCCUGGUUUUGGCUCCAUUCCUCCCGGAGGGCAGCAGGUCGUAACCGUUGACUGUGUGGCUGACCCCGUGGGAAGGUGCGAGGAGUUUAUAGCCAUCGACAUCUCCGACCGAGACCCGAGAGACCAGCCUGCUGGCAUUCCCUACACUCUGCUAGCGGAAGCCUGUCUGCCAGCCUUCGUGACUGACGACAAUGCCUUGAUAUUUGAGGAGCACCAGGUCUGCUCCAACGUCAACCUGUACCACAUCCUGCAGACCAUAGAGAGCAGAGGGCUGUUUCUGGAGGAUGAGAACAAGUUCAUCUUCUGCAAUGUCCUGGUGGGCCAUCAGGCCAAGGCCCGGUUCAAAAUCAGCAAUGUGGGAAAGAUUGCCUGUGAUGUGACCAUCGUGGUUAAGCCUGUCUCCAGUAAGGCCGUUGCGCGAAUCACCGACAUCUUUGAAGUGGAACCCAACAAGAUGUGUGUUGCCAGUCGCUCACAUGCCUUUGCCACGGUGUCCUUCACCCCCCAGACCAUGCAGGCCUACCAGUGUAUCUUCGAAGCCUCCCUGGAUGGCUUGCCCAGCAACCUGACCAAGAACCGAAGCCUUGUGUUUGACAUCGUGGGAGAGGGUAACCUCCCUCGAGUGACUGUCGUGCGGCCGAUUCUCCAUAAUCAACACGGAAACCCCUUGCUCCUUUUUAAGAGACUUCUGCUCGGUCAUUCAGAGACACUACCCCUCAUCCUUAAGAACAAUGGCACCAUCCCAGCCCAGCUGCAUGUGGACCUGCAGGACCAACUAGGAGUCUUCUCCCUGAAAGGAAGGCCCACUACCUCCUACUUGUAUAUUUCAGAGGAAAACAAACCAAAUGAAAAAGCAAAGAAAGCUCACACAGCCUCCCUCCUUGUCUCUCCUGGAGAGACAGCUGAAUUUGACGUGCUUUUCCACUCCCAGAAGGUUGGGAGGAUGGCAGGCACCAUCCACUUGUCAGUGGUCAACAAUCAAUACGAGGAGACCAUCAUCCACUUGGUGGGAGAAGGCUAUGAGGAUGACAUCACCUUGGACAACAUCCACGGGCUGGUGCCUUCCACCAGCCAGGAGGCCUCAGGUGUCACUGAGAUCACCGAGAUCUCUGAGGAAAAUAUGAUGGAAGACAUGGUAGCAGCUGCUCUGGUGGACCACAUCCAGUUUGGGGACUGCCACAUUGGCAACAGCUAUAACGUGAGCUUCACGAUCACUAACCACAGCCAAGUGACUGUGAUACGGUUCGAAUGGCCCGUUUUAGCCACACUUUCUUUCUCCCCACAGCUGGGCCACCUACAUCCUGGAUGUGCCAAGGACAUAGUGGUGACCCUGAAGUCGGACUUGCCCAUCACCCUGAAGAAGAUGGGGGUCAAGUGCAAGCUCUCCAGGAUCGCCUUUCAGCUCCCCACAGACCAGGUCCCCGACUGGGACGACCGCAUGCGCACCGUCAAGUGGGUGGACAUGUUCAGGAACGUUCCUGGGACUUUGAGCACAAAAAAAAAGGUGAUAGAGACAGAUCCUGAGCCUGCCCACACCGUACUGGAAGAAAUCUACCGAGAACUGCACCUACAGAUCAGCGCCAAUGUGGAUUUUGCUUCAUACCGGUGCCCCACGAGUGAUGUGCGCUUUAAGGAUACGCUGGUUUACCAGACCCGAGUAUUUGAGUUUGAACUGAUUAAUGCCGGAAAUGUGCAGCUGGAGUUCAACUGGGUCUCAGAAGAGACUGGGAAGGCUGUCAGCUUUGCAAUGCCAGAGAACCACGGUUCCUCUUAUAAGGAUCAGCUUAGCCAGGGCACGCUGCACACGGGCAGCUCUCUGGAUAGUGCCAUGGAGCACUGGAAUGAUGGCACCCCAUCACCCUUCUCUGUGGAGCCUGCCUCAGGCAUCGUGCCUGCCAGGAAGCGUCAGAAGCUUCAAGUGAAGUUCUCCCCGUUGGAAGUUGGAGAGUUCGAGAAUAACCUUUUCUGCCAGAUUCCCAACCUGCCACCGGGAGAGCAAGGCCCAGUCCUGGCAGCAAAAGGGCGAAGCUUCUUGCCUUUCUGCCAUUUUGACCUGAAAGACUCGGAUUACAUCAGCAGUCACCGGUGUAACUCAGAGCUCCGAGGACCUGGUGGUGGGACCAUGGAUCCAAACACCCGAGUGAUUGAGUUCACCACCGUGGGCAUAGGAGGGAAGCAUCUCCAGACCUUCACAAUCUUGAACCCAACCAAUAACACCUAUUCUUUCUGCUGGAUCUCUGAUGAAGCUGAAAGUCUCCAGAACCCUCCAGCUUUCACAUGCCUUACGGAAAAGGGCACCAUCCACCCUGAAAAGAAAGCUGAGAUUGUGUUCCAGUUCACGCCUUUCCAUCUAGACAUCACGGAAUCGUUCUGGACUUUCUUAAUCCCAGAACAUAACAUCAAAGUCCCUUUCCUGCUGGUAGGCAAAACCACUGACCCUCUCAUCUCUCUGGACCAAUCGCAUCUCAACUUCAGUUGUCUUCUCAUUGGCAGAGAAGCCAGGGAAACCGUGAAGAUCAUCAACAAGGAGGAACAGGGCUUCAAUUUCGCCUUCCAGGACAGCUCCCGGUAUUCGGAAGGUUUUAGCAACAGCCUAGUUGUAUCUCCCAUGGAAGGCUGGCUCCCACCGCUGUCCAGGUUGCCUAUUGAUAUUUUCUUCACACCUAAGCAGGAAGGAGAUGUGAACUUUAACUUAAUCUGCAAUGUGAAAAGGAAAGCCCAACCUCUGACCUUAAAUGUCAAAGCUGAGGGCUACACUAUGAAUGUGGGGAUCAAGUGCAAGGACAGAACUGGCUUAAUCACUUUCUUGACCCCUAACCAGACCAAUAUCAUCAACUUUUUUGAGGUAGAGUUAAAUGAAUGUGUCCAAUGUGAAUUCAGCUUUAUCAACACUGGGAAAUUCAACUUCAGCUUCCAGACGGAGCUGUCUGGCUCCAAAUCCCUGCUACAGUACUUGGAAUUCUCACCUGUCGAUGGCACUGUGGAAGUAGGGCAGAGCGUACAUGCCACCCUGUCUUUCCAACCCUUUAAGAAGUGCGUCCUAAAGGGCCUGGAACUCAGAAUCAAGAUCAGCCACGGCCCCACGUUUCUGUGCAGCGUCAUAGGCUGCUCCGUGAGCCCAGCAGUGCAUUUCUCCUUCACCAACUACAACUUUGGGACCUGCUUCAUCUACCAAGCAGGGAUGCCCCCCUACAAACAGAUCCUGGCUGUCACCAACAAGGAAGAAACUUCCAUGAGCUUAGAUUGCUUGUACACCAACACCAGCCAUCUCGAGGUGAACUUCCACGUUGACGUGAUAAAGCCAGGAAAGACACUGAUGAUUCCAAUCACCUUCUAUCCUCGAGAAAGUAUCAGUUAUCGAGAACUCAUCCCCUUUGAGAUAAAUGGGCUUUCACAACAAAUCGUUGAAAUUAAAGGGAAAGGCACCGAAAUGAAGAUUUUAGUCCUAGAUCCACCCAAUAGGAUUGUGAAGUUAGGAGCUGUUCUGCCAGGACAGGUUGUGAAAAAGACGGUUUCCAUCAUGAACAACAGCCUCACCCAGCUCACAUUUAACCAGUCAGUCCUGUUCUCGAUUCCAGAGCUUCAGGAACCCAAGGUAAUCACCUUGACGCCCUUCAGCAACAUCAGUCUAAAGCCCAAAGAAGUCGUGAAGCUGGAAGUGGUCUUUGCUCCGAAGAAGCGUGUCCCUCCCUUCUCCGAGGAGGUGUUCCUGGAAGUCAUGGGGCUCCUGCGCCCCCUGUUCCUCCUCAGCGGCUGCUGCCAGGCCCUGGAGAUCUCCCUGGACCAGGAGCAUCUUCCCUUCGGACCCGUCGUGUACCAGACACAAGCCACACGCCGUAUCCUCAUGCUGAACACGGGCGACGUGGGUGCCAGGUUUAAAUGGGAUGCCAGAAAAUUUGAGCCUCAUUUCUCCAUCACCCCGGAAGAAGGCUAUAUCACCGCGGGCAUGGAAGUUUCUUUUGACGUGACUUACCACCCCACGGAGGUGGGCAAAGAGAGUCUCUAUAGAAACAUGCUCUGCUUCAUCCAGGGAGGCAGUCCUCUGACCCUCACCCUGUCUGGAGUCUGUGUGGGACUACCUGCAGUAAAAGAGGUGGUGAAUUUCACCUGCCAGGUGCGCUCCAAGCAUACACAGACCAUCCUCCUUUCCAACCGCACCAACCAGACCUGGAAUCUGCACCCCAUCUUUGAGGGUGAGCACUGGGAGGGGCCUGAGUUUAUCACCCUGGAGGCCCAUCAGCAGAACAAGCCCUACGAGAUCACCUACAGGCCACGCACAAUGAACGUGGAAAAUCGCAAGCAUCAGGGGACCCUCUUCUUUCCCCUCCCAGAUGGGACUGGCUGGCUGUAUGCUCUGCAUGGCACUUCUGAACUCCCCAAAGCUGUGGCCAAUAUCUACCGUGAAGUGCCUUGUAAGACACACUACACUGAGCUCCUGCCAAUCACCAACUGGCUGAACAAGCCCCAAAGAUUCCGGGUCAUUGUGGAAAUGACGAAACCAGAGAAGCCGGACCUGAGCAUCACCCUCAAGGGCCUCGAUUACAUUGAUGUACUGUCUGCCUCAAAGAAGGACUACAAGCUGAAUUUCUUUUCCUACAAAGAGGGACUGUAUGCUGCAAAGGUGAUCUUCCGAAAUGAGAUAACCAACGAGUUCUUGUUCUACACUGUGAGCUUCAGGGUCAUCCCUUCAGGUGUCAUCAGAACCAUCGAAUUGGUGAGCAUGGUCCGGCAGAGCGCAUCAGCCACCGUCAAGCUGGAGAACCCACUGCCCUACUCGGUGACCUUCUCCACAGAGUGCCGGGUGCCUGAAAUCAGCCUGCCCUCCCAGUUUGUGGUGCCAGCCAACUCAGAGGGCAUAUUCUCGUUUGAGUUCCAGCCCCUGAAAGCUGGAGAAACCUUUGGGAGACUUUCUUUGCACAACAGUGAACUAGGUUACUACCUAUAUGAGCUCAGUCUGAAGGCCAUCCCCUCACUGCCUGAAAAGCCCGUCCACUUCCAGACUGUUAUUGGCAACAGCCAGAGCAUCUUUGCCAAGUUCACCAAUUACACCCGGCAGAAGACGGAAUACCUCUGCAGGACCGACUGCCCGGACUUCCACACAGAAAGAGUCAUUAAUGCAGCCCCAGGAGCCCAGGGAGGCACCGAGGUGAGCGUGGAGAUCAUCUUUGAGCCCAGCCACCUGGGUGAGACCAAGGGCACCCUGACCCUGUCAUCGCUCACAGGAGGGGAGUAUACCAUCCCCCUGUUUGGAAUGGCUGUGCCCCCCAAGCCCCAGGGGCCCUUCCUGAUCCGAGCCGGGUGCAGCAUCAUCAUCCCCUUCAAGAAUGUCUUCUACCAUCCGGUGACCUUCUCCUUCAUUGUGGAGAACCCGGCCUUCAUCAUCCGUGCCGGAGACUCCGUGCGGCCCAAGAAGAUCAACAAUAUCACCGUCUACUUCGAAGGCAACCCCUCCGGCAACAAAACGCCCAUCACCGGCAAGCUGAUCGUGUCCUGCCCUCCCGGGGAAGGCAGCGAGACAGGGAUUAAAUGGGUGUACUAUCUGAAGGGGAUCACCCCUUAGAGGUAACCAGGGUCAGGUGUGUCAAGGAAAAGCCAUCUCCUCAGCAUUGUGUGUAUGCAUUGUUCUAGCCUGACAGAAGAUAAAGAAUAAGAAUCCUAAAGGUAUGCCUUUAUUCUCCUCGUUCUAUUAUAGGAGUGGCUUCCAGAGUUUAUGUUCCAGAU